GCUGCAAAAGCAAAGGCGUGCAUUGGAACAGGGGAAGCUGCAUUCCCUAUGCGAAGUCAUAAUCAUGCGUCCUUCAAAUCUCUAUUCCUAUAUUCUAGCGCUCUCUUCACUCGUCCUUCCCAUUUCCACGGCGUUCAGCCUUACGAUCUCAAUUCCGUCAUCAAACCUCCUCCCGAAUCCAAAUGCGCUCCCAGCGUCAACCCACGCGACUCUAACCACCCUCGCGCCCAAACAGACGUUACUGAAAGCGCCGUUAUCCCGGUCUUCGUCCUUUACCUUCCGUGAACUUCGACCAGACUCUGAAUCCUCUUCGCCUUCAGGGGACGUGACCUCAUAUCUCCUGGACAUCCACUGCCGCGAUUAUAUAUUUGCACCUUACCGCGUCGAUGUUGGAGCUGAUGGGAACGUGAUUGGAGUGUGGGAGACGUACCGGGGAAAUUCAUGGGAUAACAAGGGAGCGGAAAAGGCUGUAGGGACGGGAUCGGGCCCGGUUCACGUGGAAGCCAAAGUGUUAGGCAAACGGGAGUUCUACGAGGAACGGCCAAAGUUCUCUCCGCUCAGCUUGUUCAAGAAUCCAAUGAUUCUUCUCGCUGUGGUGGCUCUGGCGAUUACAGUUGGAAUGCCUUAUCUUGUCGAGAACAUGGAUCCUGAGACGCGCGAAGAGUGGGAGAGACAACGCGCUGCCGGUGUACUACCUGGGAGCGGGUCAAGAAAGGCACCUGCUUCUAACUUUGACCUUGCAGGAUGGAUGGCAGGAACAAGUCCUGGGCCAAUAGAGGCGGCCAAAGCAGCCAGUGCUAGCGCGAGAGAAGGUGACAGUGGUCAGUCGACUGUAAGGAGAAGAUGACAAGAGAUGGAACAUUGUUACUCUCCAGAGUUGGGUUUCUGCUUGAUAGUUAUGCAGUGCGACAUUGGAGCCGAUGAUACACUAUUUUCGGCAAACACAUGAUACUUCCCUACGUCGUCGGGAGCUUCCACGUUUCCCAUUCCGCUGAAAUGUUGCUGCGAGGGCCAUGCUAUGGCUGUUGCCGGCUCCCCCCUUUCGCGUCUAGCCCGGCCAGAACAACCGCCAAGCAAUUACACGUGACCACGACUGAAGGCGGCGCGCCACGAAUCGGACAGUGGCUGAGCAAGCGCGGCGCAAUGAACACUUACAUAACGUCACAUCCUCGGCCCUCAGCUCGAUCUGUGCAUCGCAUCUCGUCUUCAUUGUUAUCAUCAUCAUCAUCACCUGUCUGUUAUAUAAAGUCAUCUCCAAAGGCGCCUAGUAUAGAAAAUUACAGAUACAAGGCUUCCUACUAAAUUUCA